UUACUUGCGUGAGAUAAAGCUGAUAAAACACCUUCUUUUUUCCCCGAAGCUCAGACGGUUCGAACCGGCGGACUGACCGAAACAAUGCAGUGAUGUGACUCGUGUCCUCGACGCAAUAAUUGUAUCGGUGUAACAUUCAGGCACAAUGUAUUUCGACGAUAAAACAUGUAAUUGUUGCCCAGGAGAAAAAUAAGUACAUGUGUGUGUGUUGAGUGCAUCGUAAAGUGCGAGCUUGACGCAUAGCUUGAGCUGUCGACUGAUCCAGUGAGGAGUUACUUCAGUUUGGGCAAGAGGCAGCCUAGAGGCUUCGACAUACCUUUGGCCAAGCAACCCAGUGAGGAGUUACGUUGAAGUAGCACCUUUACUAGGGUUGUUGACUCGUCUUAUGCCCUCACCGACGACUGAAAGGCCCUACAUCGGGAUUUGGACCGCCUGCGGGCGCUGUCGCCUCUCUCCCAGCGUUGUCGUCGCUCCCCCACCAUGAAUCCACGCACGCCAUUAAUGCUCUCUUCCAGGGAAGGAGAGAGUAGUAUAGGUGGAGGACUUGGCACUACUGUCAGCCAGGCUCAUUCAGUGGACUCUCCUGGAAAAUCACACGGCAGCAAGCUGCGUGCUCCCACAACCUCUGUGCCUUUGGUGCCGUCUACUCGGACACUGCGGAACAGUACUACCAGACCGACUAGAGUCAACACUGCAGUCAAUGCAUCACCACGUAAAGCCUCAGCUCCUAGUAAACUUAUCAGCAUUCUAGGAGGGAGCCUGGAAAAUCUUCCAAAUACAGUGUCUGUCAGAAGAAAAACUUCUGCACCUGCCAAGGCUUUAAUCUCUUCAACCAACACUAAGAAGACUUCUGCUAAAACUACAACCAGGUCAAGAAGGACAUCAACAUCAUCAGGCUCUGGUGCUACUUGUCGUACACGUAUAUGGAAUUCUGAGGGUCUCGGCUAUUACUACAGGAUAUCAAAGGACCACGGCGGGGCUGGCAGCCAACAAGGGUCCAAGGGCACGGCGACCAACGCUGCCGGAGACAAGGCCAAGGAUCAGCAUAAGGGGGUAUCCAAGAAGUCCUCGUCGUCGUCUGUAUCUUCUGACAUGCAAACGCUGCCGACACUGAAGGAAGAAAAGAAGCAACAGUCGAGUAGCAAAGCCAACAGGAAGAUGGAGGGCAAGGGGAGUAAUAAGGAGAACAUGGCACUGCCGACCCCAGCUACCAGGACCAUGGUGCCAUCACCUCCCCUGCCCACCCAGCCUCCAGACCUCGCCCACCCUCACCUGCAGCCCACUUCGCCCACUUCGCCCACUUUCUCCACCUCCAGCGCCUCUUCCUUCCCCGAGAAGGCGCAGCUGGAGAAGACCGUGUCCGAUUUGGUUAAAAAUGCAGAGUCUAAGAAGCAGGAAAUAGCCGCCCUCAAGAUGGAGAUCAACCGACUUAAGGAGUCUGCAAGAGAGCGUGAACACUUGAGUGACGAAGAAAACAUCAAGGGUGCCAUGGAGGGUGGUACUUGUACUGUUGCCACAGGCCACCCUUCUGCCCCAACCACCACCACCACCCACGAGCUGCCUGCCAACGUGAGAAACACCAUGCAGACCCUCGCUGCGGAGAAUAAGCUACUAAGAGAGCGGCUCUUGCAACUGGGGGUGUCCUUAGACUCUGCCCCACUCUCUGACCAAGAGAAAGAAAUACUCCUCACAAAGGUCUGCUCGGUGUCGCAGAAUGGUGGUGAAGGUCCAGCCUUGUGUGCAGAGCAGGGAGAAUGGGACAACAAAUCCACUUCGAGCGUGUCGGAGAUGUCGGUGGCGUGCCUGCAAGACCGCAUUCAGCAGAUGGAAGAAACUCAUUAUUGCACCAACGAGGAGCUGCAAGCAACCUUACAGGAGCUGGAUGACCUGAGAGAGCAACUUUCCGAGAGUCACUUGGAAGUGCAGCAACUACAAGAGGAAAAGCAGGUUAUUUUGGAAUCUCUGACUCAACAAACGGAGAAGCUAAAUGAAGCCCGGUCACACAAUGACACGCUCAAACAUAUGCUGAUCCAACAGUCCGAAAAUAGUCAGGAUUUAUCUCAGUGUGAGAAGACUCAACGACUUAUGGAGCUGCUCAAGAGUGCACAAGAAGACCGGGAGUUGUUGCAAAUGAAGCAGGAAGAAGUGGAACAGCAGCUUGCUACCACUAAAGAAGCGGAGGAACGCUAUCAUCGUGACUCGCAACUAAUAAGAGAUAGGAUGAAGCUUUUGGAGUCUAUGCUUGAGGCUGCUAAUAGUGAAAAGAAGGCGGCUGAAAGCCAGUUAACAGAGGCCUUAGAGACCACUAAAGCCACAGAGAUUGAAACUACAAGACUGCAGACUGCCUUAGACACUGCAAAAGACAAGAUAACAGAGCUAGAGGCAGCUGUUAUCUCUGGAGAGAAGAGUAAACUACCUGAUGUACUGGAGAGAGUAAGACAAGAGAAGGAUGCUCUAGAAAAAGAAAAUGCGUCACAUCAGCAGAAAGCCAAUGCAAUGGCUUGCGAGAAUGAAAGGCUCAAAGAUCAAAUUUCCUCGCUUCAGGAUGAAAUAAUGGUGGCCCGUAAUAAUGCCCGGAGUCAACUGGAAGAUGCUGACUGGAAAAAGACUCGGUUAGAAGAGGAGCAGAGGCAUCUACAAGAAGAGAUGGACGUGUUAAGAGCAACGGUUGAAGAUCUUAAACUGGCAUGUCAACAUCAUCUUGAAGAUAAGAGAGAUCUUAAAGCAAACCUGUCUGAAGCUCAGAAAAAAUUAAAUGAGGCAAAUGAAAAGUUGUCGGAGAAGGAUCGCUGUAUCAACGAGGAAAAGGCACAUUUUAACAAGCAGGUGGAGGAAUGGGAGCAGUUCCAAAGUGACUUGUUGAUGACAGUUCGUGUAGCAAAUGACUUCAAGACGGAAGCGCAGCACGAUUUGGAACGCUUGACUCAAGAAAAUGCCAUGCUCAGGGAUAGGCUUAAGCAGCUAGGACAGGACCUUGAAAAAGCCAAGGCUGUGAAAGUGUGCAGCCCAGUGAGUAAUAGCAGUAAUACCACCUUGAACAAUGGUAGCAGCGAGCGCCGCACUGUACGUGCAGUACCCGCAUCCCUGCCUAAUGGGGACCCUAACAUCCUUGCUGACCGCCGUAACCCUCGCCCCCUGUCACGUGGAGAUUCAAGAGUUAAAUCUCUUAUCGUAAAGGGAAAGAGGCCAAUUGGUGCAGAGUCUGGAGACCAUAAAAAGGGAAAUAGAGAUGCGGUGUCUCCACAGAUGUUAUUUAAGAAACAAGAAUCAAUUGAAAGUGCAACUAGGCAGACGCGUGCAGGUUCUCGGAGUUCUUCCACAUCAAGUCUCUGCAGUACCAGUAGUGAAAGCAAUAUUAAUAACAAGACAACUGCUCCGAUCCUGAAGAGAGCCGAUACAGAGACUGUAAUACGUGGUGGUUCAUCCUCACCAUUGAAGGAUGCUGGAAAUACUCUUGGAACAUCAUCAGUAUCCUCGCCUCUAAGAGCUAUCCAGCGCAAUUCCUUCACGGAUGGCAUCAGUCAGUCGUCAAUCACUCAAUCUACCUUCUCGAAACCGGGUCCGGGCUCUUCUAAUCUCUCUGACAAUGUCAAGAUGUCGCAACUAAGUGAUAAAAACUCUGGCAAAAUUUCUUCUCUUGGUUCUGGUGAUAAUGUCUCGAAGCCUAUUUCAAUCUUGAGCAAUAAGAUUGACCAUACCAUGAGACGCAAUAGUUAUGGACAGAUUAGUGCUGUUGUUGAUAAGAAAGAUCCUUUGGCUUCCCUAGCACAAAGUGGAGGAUCAAAGAGAAAUGCUUUGCUCAAAUGGUGUCAGAGCAAGACCUUGGGCUACAACAACGUUGAUAUUACCAACUUCAGCUCCAGUUGGAAUGAUGGCCUUGCCCUUUGUGCCAUCUUGGAUACCUAUUUGUCAGAAAAAAUAAACUACAAAUAUCUUUCACCCCAAAACAAGAGACAAAAUUUUCAAGUUGCUAUAUCAGCUGCUGAAUCUGUGGGAAUACCUAAUUUACUGGAUGUCAAUGAUAUGAUUACAUCGGAACGUCCAAAUUGGCAGACGGUUUAUAACUACGUUACUUCUAUCUACUGUCAUUUUGAGACUUAAGUUAUAUUUAGUCUUGGAUUGUGAACCUCCAUGUGCUUUACCAUACUCUGUGUGGUUGCUCGAAUGUGCUAGCAUUAAGAAGAUUGACUUUGAGAUUAAUGCGGCCUUGGGAAACUUUAUAUAAUAUUUUUUUAUCCUCGAUAAAAAAACAAAAAAAUUUCAACUAUAUACUGCAUAUAUAAUAUAUAAUAAAAGUAAGUACACACAGAUAUACAGUAUAUAAAAGUUUGGCUUAAUUGAACUUUUCUAAGGGUGAAAAGUGCCUUUUGUCAUUCUAUUUACUUUGUUACAGUUUACAUUAGUAAAUGUCUUAAUGCUAUUUCAUAUUACAACAAAAGGUUGGAUCUUAUUGGCAGUUCUGCAAUUAUUUAAUUUUCCUAGAGAAUUGAUUUGUAAAAGUCAAAUAAGGAAAUUGUCUAGUCUGUUUUUUUUAUUAUACAGAAAAGGCAACUAAAAUUUUCCGACUGUAUGAAGGUCUUGAUACAGGAAAGCAAGAUACACGUGCUGUAUCCAGUACAAAAGAUAAUACUGCAGCAUUGUUGAAUGACAGAAUUUCAUCAUUACAAGUUGACUACAACUAAAAUUUGAAUAAAGUUCUGUUAUUACCCUCCCUCGGUGGUAAUAAGCUGUGAUAACUUUCCUCUUUCAAGAAAAUAUCAAUUAAUACCCCUCUCCCCCCCUUUUUUUAUUAUUAUUAUUAUUAUUAUUAUUAUUAAUACUCUCAUCACCCACCUCACUUUUUGUAUGUGACAGCUUAUAUGGAAAGUAAUGCUCUGGCUCUAGUUAGUUGGACGCUAACUGAGCUGUGAGGGUUACUGUGCCGACAGCACAUCAGUGCAGAAAAAUAUUGGCUCGGCUAACUUGUAUUUGUCCUCGUUUAUAUUUUAACAGGUAUUUGAGGAUAUUAGUUUGUAUUGUCUUGAGCAUAAUUUGAAGUCUUUGUAAAUAUUAUAAUGGUCGAAAUUUUUUGCAGUAGUUAUGCCUCGAGUCGUCGAAGUAAAUAUUAAGCAGUGUAAACGAUGAAACAUAGGUUUUCUUGCUUAAGAUGUGUGCUUUGUGGCGAUUCUUUGAGGUUCUGCGGACAACUAGGAAUGUAGCGAUUCAAAAUCCAGUUGUAAAAUAUAAGUAUUAAUUUUUGUACUUGCCAGCUUGAAUUUAUCAUACAUUCUCAUUUAGUUCAUAUACUUGUUCAUGCCAGUCAUUCAUCAGCUUGAUAUGUCAAAUUCUAUCACUAAUGUACAAAGUUCUGUAACCAUGGCCAAACUGACAUGUUGCAGUGGCUCUGUAAAUAUGCUUGUACAUAGUAAAUGUUUAGACUUUAAGGGUGACUACAUAUGUAGUACACCUGGUGCAACAUGCAUGUAUGCUUGCAAGUUCCUAUGGCACACAUGGAAGCAGUAUUAUAAUAAACACUGAAGCUUC